AUGCGGGCGCGGCGGCGCUCCGGGCCGCUCUGGGCGGCCGUGCUGGCGCUGGGGGCGCUGGCGGGCGGCGGCGUGGGCGUCGGAGGAUCCAACAUCUGUGCCACAAGAGGUGUGAGCUCCUGCCAACAGUGUCUGGCUGUGAGUCCUGUGUGUGCCUGGUGUGCAGAUGAGGCCUUGCCUCUGGGCUCAACCCGCUGUAACCUGAAGGAGAAUCUGCUGAAGGAAAACUGUGCCCCUGAGUCCAUCGAGUUCCCAGUCAGCGAGGUCCAAAUCCUGGAGGCCAGACCACUCAGCAACAAGGGCUCUGAUGACAGCUCCCGGAUUACUCAAGUCAGUCCCCAGAGGAUUGCUCUUCGACUGCGGCCAGAUGAUUCGAAGAUUUUCUCCAUCCAAGUGCGGCAGGUAGAAGAUUACCCCGUAGACAUCUACUAUUUGAUGGAUCUGUCUUACUCCAUGAAGGAUGACCUGUCAAGCAUCCAGAACCUGGGUACCAGGCUGGCCUCCCAGAUGCGCAAACUUACCAGUAACCUGCGGAUUGGCUUUGGGGCCUUUGUGGACAAGCCUGUGUCACCAUACAUGUACAUCUCCCCACCAGAGGCCCUCAAAAACCCCUGUUAUGAUAUGAAGAAUAUCUGCUUGCCCAUGUUUGGCUACAAACACGUGUUGACACUAACUGACCAGGUGACCCGCUUCAAUGAGGAAGUGAAGAAGCAGAGCGUGUCACGGAAUCGAGAUGCCCCAGAGGGUGGCUUUGACGCCAUCAUGCAGGCUACAGUCUGUGAUGAAAAAAUUGGCUGGAGGAAUGACGCGUCCCAUUUGUUGGUAUUUACCACGGACGCCAAGACCCAUAUAGCACUGGAUGGAAGGCUGGCAGGCAUUGUCCAGCCCAACGACGGUCAGUGUCACGUUGGCACUGACAACCAUUACUCUGCCUCCACUACCAUGGAUUAUCCCUCUCUGGGGCUAAUUACUGAGAAGCUAUCCCAGAAAAACAUCAACUUGAUUUUUGCAGUGACUGAAAAUGUAGUCAAUCUCUAUCAGAACUAUAGUGAGCUCAUCCCAGGGACCACGGUGGGGGUUCUGUCUGCUGAUUCCAGCAAUGUACUCCAGCUCAUUGUUGAUGCCUAUGGGAAAAUCCGCUCCAAAGUGGAGCUUGAGGUGCGUGACCUUCCUGAGGAGUUGUCUCUAUCCUUCAAUGCCACCUGUCUCAACAACGAGGUCAUCCCAGGGCUCAAGUCUUGUGUGGGACUCAAGAUUGGAGACACGGUGAGCUUCAGCAUUGAGGCCAAGGUGCGUGGCUGCCCGCAGGAGAAGGAGAGGUCCUUCACCAUCAAGCCCGUGGGCUUUAAGGACAGCCUCGCCGUGCAGGUCGCCUUCGACUGUGACUGCGCGUGCCAGGCGCACGCGCAGCCGUCCAGCCCGCGCUGCAACCGCGGCAACGGCACGUUCGAGUGCGGGGCGUGCCGCUGCGGCGCGGGCUGGCUGGGGCCGCGCUGCGAGUGCUCCGAGGCGGACUUCGCGCCCUCGCAGCAGGACGCGUGCUCCCCCAGCGAGGGCCAGCCCGCCUGCAGCCAGCGGGGCGAGUGCCUGUGCGGCCAGUGCGUGUGCCACGGCAGCGACUUCGGCCAGGUCACCGGCAAGUACUGCGAGUGCGACGACUUCUCCUGCGUCCGCUACAAGGGCGAGAUGUGCUCCGGCCACGGCCAGUGCAGCUGCGGGGACUGCCUGUGUGACUCGGACUGGACCGGCUACUACUGCAAUUGCACCACGCGCACUGACACGUGCAUGUCCAGCAAUGGAUUGCUGUGCAGCGGCCGGGGCAAGUGUGAAUGCGGCAGCUGCGUCUGCAUUCAGCCCGGCUCCUAUGGGGACACCUGUGAGAAAUGUCCCACCUGCCCGGACGCCUGCACCUUUAAGAAGGAGUGCGUGGAGUGUAAGAAGUUCGAGCGGGGAGUCCUGCAUGAGGAAAACACCUGCAGCCGUUACUGUCGCGAUGACAUCGAGCCUGUGGGUGAGCUCAAGGACACCGGCAAGGAUGCAGUAAAUUGUACCUACAAGAAUGAGGAGGACUGUGUGGUCAGGUUCCAGUACUACGAAGACUCCAGCGGAAGGUCCAUCCUGUAUGUGGUGGAAGAGCCAGAAUGUCCCAAAGGCCCGGAUAUCCUGGUGGUCCUGCUGUCUGUGAUGGGAGCUAUUCUGCUCAUUGGUCUUGCGACUCUGCUCAUCUGGAAGCUCCUCAUCACCAUCCACGACCGGAAAGAAUUUGCCAAAUUCGAAGAAGAACGAGCCAGAGCGAAAUGGGACACGGCCAACAACCCGCUGUAUAAAGAGGCCACCUCCACCUUCACCAAUAUCACCUACCGGGGCACUUAAUGACGGAAGGUUGUCCUCAGAUCUUCAUUGCAUUUCGCCAAAAUUGCAGGGGUCUCUGCCGUCAUGUUUACGGAGGACAGUGCUUGUGGGUGGGG